AUGAGUUUUAACAGACCCCUCUUACCUCUGCUGCUGCUCCUGGGACCGGCGCUGGGCCUCACCCACGCUCAUGCUUUUGUCUCCAACCGCCUCCAACAACACAAAGUCCUCCAUCUGGACUGGCCGAAAGACUGUGGUCUUGCCCAUUACAAACCAAACACAGCCGAGAGAAUCGUGUCUGGCAACGAGGCCAGGCCUCACUCCUGGCCUUGGCAAGUCUCUCUACAGGUUCGUCCCCGGGGCAGUAAGCACUAUGUUCAUGUGUGUGGAGGGACUCUGAUCCACAAAAACUGGGUUCUCACAGCGGCACACUGUUUUCAGAAGGGAAAAGCAGAGGAUGCUGGGAGCUGGCGUAUCGUACUCGGGAAACACCAGUUGAAAAAGUCCGAAAUGGCAGAGCGCAUUUUCCCAGUGAGGAGGAUCUACCGUCACGAGCAUUUCCGGUACCCGGCCCACAGCGAACUGGAUUACGACAUCGCCCUGGUCAAAGCAGGCACCGACAUACUGCCCAGCAACUUCAUCCGCUACGCCUGCCUGCCGCGCAAGCAGCCAAACCUGAAACCAGGCCACUACUGCUGGGUCACAGGCUGGGGAGACACCCGGGGUGGGAAGGAGAAUGUGUCUCUGGCUGAAGCGCUGAACCAAGCCCGUCUGCCCAUCAUCGACUUUAAAACGUGCCGGCAGAAGAAGUUCUGGGGAGACAGAGUGCGAGACUCCAUGAUCUGCGCCGGCCUCCGUGACACGGAGGGACCCCCAGCCGCGUGCCAGGGUGACUCGGGGGGGCCCCUGCUGUGCCAGCUGGGCACAGAUCGCUGGGAGGUGCACGGAGUCGUGAGUUUCGGCCCCAUCGGCUGCACAGUGGAGAACAAGCCCAGCGUUUUCACCCGGACCGCCGCCUACAUCCCCUGGAUCGAGGCCACGCGCAUCAGAGACUUCUUCUUGCAUUAG